AUGAACGAGCCUCCAGGCACCAUACCAAAGUCUGUCAAGAACCAUCCCCGGCGCCCGCCCGCACACAAGUCCGUUUCGCUCCGACACAGCCCGCCACCCUUCACGUCGGGCCUGCGAGGCAAGGAACAGACGACCAGCCGCAGCUCCCCAACUCUGGCCAGCGACAAGGCCAACCCCCCGUCGAGCGUGUCGUCACAGCUCAACUCGCACAAGAACAGCUCCGGCGAGAGUAGUGACGCCGGACAAUGGUUCGAGAAGACCAACAACAGUGCCAAGCAGAGCAAGACCACGUUUGUUGACAGAGAUUUUGCUAACCACCGCAUUCGUCUAGACGAGCCGCCCUUCUUCCUCCGAAAUUCAUCGUCCUCCGAGACACCGCCCGAGCAUUCUCAUCACAACCAGACACACUCCGCCAUCCCGUACCGCCCCAGCUUGGGCCAGAUAGGCACCGAUGGCAGCAGCACUGAGGACUUCCGAAGCGUCAUUGACGACCUCACCGUCGCAAACAAGCGGCUCAAGCAGAGGCUGAAGAAAUAUGAGAAGCUCUACGAUGCCCAUCUGCAGGAGGAGAAGCUGUUCGAAGUCAGAUUCCACGGCCUGCCCGAUCACAAGAAGAAGGAACUGGAAGAAACACUGCGCAAAUUUGCAGCUGAGCUUGACGAUGGAACGGCCAACGACUAUGCCCAGAUAUCAACAUCGUAUACCCCAGCACUCGAGACGCACAACACCGCCUCGUCGACAUCACGCUUUGCCGAGUCUGGAUAUGCAUCCAUGUCGGUAUCCGGUCCAAACUCUGCAGGAGCAUCAAACCAGGAAAAGGACCGUAAGAUGACCCGGUCAGCGUACAGCCGCCAGCAACAGAGCAUCCAAUCCUACCUCCAUGACAUCCCCAUGGGGCUCAUGCCCAACAACAGGAGUGUCCUGAUGACGGAAAAGUCAAAGAAGAAGAUGGUUGUGCGGCGCUUGGAGCAGAUAUUUGCUGGCAAGCGGUCGGUGCCCGGAUCCCACCCGCAGCCAAUGCAACAGCAAGAAGUCGCCCAGUCGGCGGCGACAGCGGACCGCGAGCAACGUGAAGCAACCGGACAGCUUUUUAGACCAGAAGGCCAGCGCGAAGCUCGCAUCAUGUCUGACCGCACUGUUGACGAAGACGAGGUGGAACACCGCGAGACCAUCCAAGGACUGCGACCUGCCCUGCACAUUGAGGAACAUGAUUUUGCUGGUUCGGGCUCCUCCCCUGACCAACGACCCACUCGCCCCUUGGACCUGGACCCUUACCGUGCCCAGAUACCACUCGACAACAUGAACUAUAUCCGUCAUCUUGGCUUUACCCCGCCGGACAUGAACUCCGGAGAAGCGCCACUCGGCCAUGGCUGGAUAUAUCUCAACUUGCUCAUCAACAUGGCACAACUCCACACGCUCAACGUCACUCCCGAGUUUGUCAAGGACGCACUGCAUGAGUAUAGCAGCCACCUCGAGAUUUCUCGCGACGGACGCAAGAUUCGAUGGAAGGGUGGUCGCGAUGUCACGCAGCACAGUGGCGAAAGCUCAUCGGAGCACUACAGCAACGCCUCGCCCAACGAGAUAGGAUCAAUGUCACCGUUUAAGCGCAUGAAGACCGGGAAUAGUGGCACCAGCAGCGACCCUGUCAGUUCCGACCAGGCAAGGCGAUUGGCGCGUUACCAGCGCGAGAGGGAACAGAGCAAGUUUGCAUACAAGCCGCUCUUCUUCCACAAGGAAGACUCUGACAAUGAGGACGAGUUUUAUGGCUUCGACGCUGAUUCUUCGGCAAAUUACUCUUACCAGCCGCAGCAGGCAGGCAACUCGUCGGGCUUCAGCAGCUCAGUCAUGCAGAGCUCCUCAUCCAAGCCCCGUAGGCGUGACGACGGACCCAUGAUCUUCUACACCAAGGCCAAGUUCUGUACUGAUCUUAGCGGCGAUCGUAAUGGAGCUUCCCUCACAAUGCCUGGCAACUACCAGCCCAUCACCACUCAGCCCCUGGGCGCAGCUCAUAGCCCCUCAUCGCAGGCCAGUCUUUCCAACGAACUUUCUGAGCGCCGAGGCCCGUUGGAGUCGUCGGCCAUGGAUAUCGACUCCAACAAUGGAUCGCGUACUGCUUCUAGCAAUGAUGAAUUUGGCUUCUCACCAGAGGCCCUAAGGGACGACGGUGGAAACACGAGCCCAGAAGUCAUAGAAUUUGAAGCCUCGGGCAUUGGCGGUGUGCAACCAGAAGACAACUUUUCCAUCCAUGUUCGUCGCUCGCAGAUACCAAUCAUGCCGUCGCACGUGGCCGCCCAUCGCCGGACAAGCUUCUACCCCAAGGCCAUUCAGCAAGCACUCCGCUCGGAGGCGGGGCCAUUAGAAGACGAGUCUCCGCGCUCGAGCCCUCAGCGCAUUAUCCACGAGAAGAUUAUAUCCGCGUCACGCAAGGACCUACCCAACUCUACUCUUCCGCCCGCCUCUUUCCUUCCUCUUGACUCCUGUUCCUCUGGUGACGUCGACUCCGAUCUCGCAUCCGACGCCUCCUCUGAGCCUGGAUCCGACUCAUCCGACUGCCCAGCGACAGCCAUGCAAAUUCUCAACAUUGCUCCAGCCGGCUCGCACGAUUUUGAAGAGUCAGAGUCCGACUAUGAAGACAGCGACGAUGGCAGUGUCGACUUGCUCGCUACUGCUCGCCAGCAAAACCCAAAUGCUGUUCGCGCGAGUGAGCGUGAGUAUGACGCUGCACUUGCGGACCGCUUGGCUGAAGAGAUUCCUGCUGGUAGCUCGGCAGCGACAGCAGGUGGUGGAAGUGGAUUCAACAGCCCAAUUGGCGGUGCUCAUGAAGCUCAACAGAUAGAGCAGCGACGCAGCCGGCAAAGCGGAUCGAGCAGCAUGGCGUCUGGACCUACAAAAUUGAAGCGCGCUAGGACAGGCGAUUCUGUGAACCCCCAACCAACAAAGAGCCCAAAAACUAGGAGGGCAGAGCUAUAA